AUGUUUCCCACAUCUACAGCUUUAAGUGCUGGUAUCCGAAGGUCAAAAUUGCAAAUUGAAGUGAUCAGAUUUUAUCGAGAGUGUUGCAAAGCUAUAAAAAGAAAACCACCAGAAACACAAAUCAGGUUUCAACAAUUUCUAAGAUUCCAGUUUCGACAGCACAGAAUUUCACCAAAGGAUCAUGCUGCAAUAGAAUAUUUGUUAAGAAGAGGGAAAAAACAAUUGGAAACUUACCAAAGCGAUAGCAUUAAAGAUGUUACCGUUUAA